AUGUCAGACAAACCCGCCAGCGAAACGCCCGCUACCAGCCCCCACAAACGCACCAGGCCCCCGCGCGACAAGAAGGACCGCGAUCGGGAUGGCCAACGCGAGCGCCGGGACGCCGACCGCGACCGCACACAGGACAAAUCUGACCGCGCCCAGGAGAAAUCAGACCGCGACCAGGAGAAAUCAGACCGCGACCAGGACAAGCGCGACCGCGCGCAAGAGAAAGCCGACCGCGACCGCGAGAAGCUCGAGCGCAAGAAGGAGCGCGCGAAGGCCGCGCAGGCGGCCGCGGAGAAGCAGAAGCUGAAGAUCGUCGUCCGCCGGCUGCCGCCGAACCUGCCUGAGUCGAUCUUCUGGGAGAGCGUGCAGGCGUGGGUGAGCGAGGAGACGGUGAGCUGGCGGACGUAUUGGCCGGGGAAGAUGCGGAGUAGGCCAGACAAAGAGAAUGUGCCAUCGCGGGCAUAUAUCGUGUUUAAGACGGAUGAGCAGGUAGCAAUCUUUGGGAAGGAGUACGAUGGGCAUCUCUUUCGCGAUAAAGCAGGCAACGAAUUCCAAGCUGUUGUUGAGUUCGCGCCUUACCAGAAGGUCCCGAGCGAGAAGAAGAAGGUGGAUGUGCGGGCUGGGACUAUCGAGAAAGAUGAGGAUUAUAUCUCGUUCUUGGAAUCUCUCAAUGCUCCUACUUCAUCUGAGCCCGUGACAAUGGAGUCCCUUCGUGCGCAUAUCGCUGCAACACGCCCACCCAGCCCUCCGAAGACCACACCCCUCCUCGAGUACCUCAAAUUCGAGAAAGAGAACAACGCCACUCGUCACCGCGACGUCACUGGCAUCAUCAAGAAGGAUAAGAAAGAGAAAGGCCGUGCCCCGCCGCCACCUCCUCCCCCCGGAUCAGACGCGAAGAAGAAGAAAGCGCCUCCGCCAAAGGCGCCCGCUGCGGCUACGGCUACCCAAGAGGCGAAGGCCGCGCGCCGCGCGCAUAAGGCGAAGCCGUCGACGUCGGUGAAUACCAGCGUGCCGCCCUCUGCGGGUGCAUCGUCAGCGGCACCUCAAUCAAGCGCGGGACCCUCCUCGUCGACAGUGUCGCCUUCUGAUGCGAAUGCGCCGCUGCCUACGGGUUCGACAAAGCCGCCUCCUGCUGGUCCUGGAGCCGCCGCACGGAAAGCCCGCCCCGCGCUAGGCAUGUCGCGCGGCUUCGAGGCCGCGCUGAGCGGCGCGAUGGGUGGAGGCGGGCCGCGGAGCAAGCGCGAGCCGACGGAGGGGAAGAGUGCUGCCGCGCCUAAGGCGGAUGCGGCGCCGAAGGAGGGUCCCCCGCCUGCGGAUGCGCCAAAGGUGCCGGGUCUGAUCUCUGCGUCGGCGCUGGCGGGCGUGAGCGAGGCGCCGAAGUUCGGUGAUUCCGCCUUCAACCUUGCGAAUGUUCGCUCUGCUUGUCCCAUCCGACACCCUCGAUAUGCAACCCGUGUGCAAGGCAUGCUGCUUGCUACGCCUAUCGGUCGGACACCUUACCGCGCUUUGUAG